AUGCAGCAAACCUCGGGCACGACUGCCGCGGUACGUGCACUCGGCGCCAACGGCGGCAGCAGCACCGACGCUGUCGAUACCACAGAAACGCUCGAACGCAAGUGCGUCGUGUGUCAGUCAACCGAAGAGGUGCGUGUUUUUAGUGCAAACUGUGAGCGUUUAUGUGUGCCGUGUUUCGUGGAACGUUUUGAGCGCUCCUUCCGGUACGCAGUGCAACGCUGGUCUAUGCUCUCGCACGGAGAGCGCGUUGCUGUUGCGUUGUCCGGAGGUCCAGCCUCGCUUGCGCUUCUUGAGCUUUUGCACGGACUUCGGCGGGGGUUUGCGCAUCACAAGGGUAAGAUACGACCCAAGCACUUUGAAAUUGUCGUUUUCCAUGUUAUCGUGCCAGCGGGGUAUGGGGGCAAUGGGGCCAGCGGCGCUGCCGCUCUCCAGGCGCUUGUACAGGAGCGCUAUGGGCUGACUGUCCACACCGUUGAUGAAGCACUGUUUCUUGCCCGCGCAGAUGCGCUAGAAAUGAGUACUCGGGAUCCGAUGGCAACGAAUCACCAGCUAGACGUGCUGGAUCCGACCAUUGCGCCCGCGCUCGUUGCAGGCAUUGUAAACGCUCUGCUGGAGCGGAUGGCGGAAGCAUACGAGUGCAAGAAACUAUUCCUGGGCACAACGGUUACCCGAGCUGCGAUCAUAACCAUCGCACGAGUAGCGACCGGGAAUCCGCUACGUCUUGACGCCGAGAUCGGAGUAGACUACCACUCGUCGACCGCAGGCUGCCAGGGAUCGGCAUACGCCUCAAGUGGUCCUCUUCGCUGGCUCCGCCCGUUGCGAAAUAUUUCUCUUCGCGACGUCAUUCGAUAUCUUCGCGCUCGUGGCUGCACUGCGUGGAUUACUCCAGCUGAGCCAUGGGCACAGGAAAACAUAGAAAGCACUGCCGAGCGCUUCAUAUGGCGAGCUCUCGAAACGCGACCUGCAACUUCAUUUUCCGUUGUGCAUAGCAUAGAGCGAGCUUUGAAUCUAAGUGCCGACUAG